AUGCCAUCUCGAUAUCGAUAUGAACCCCUUUCCAUCCCCAUCCCACCUGACAUUGCGAACCCUAAGUCACGACGUCCUCCUCUCCCUCCUUGCCAAAUCCCAAGCACCCCAGACAACAACCACGAGCUCUCUCGCCACCACGACUCAGAUCCAUACCCAUCCCCAACCCCAUCCGCAAAUGUAACCCAGAUCUGCGAAUUCACGACCCCCUGCACCACGCACCUGGACCCUCACCCUCACCCUAACCCCAUCCCCAACACCUCCCCCUCCACCCCCCUCGAACCACCACCGCCCCGAAAACUAAUAACGCACAUCUUCGGCCGCAACAAGCUCUCAACACGGCUCUUCCCGCCCUCCGUCUGGGUACACUACUGUCGCAAACACUACCAGCGAGCACGAUACCGGGCCCCGAACUGGGCCGUGACGCAGGUCGAUCUGGUGUUCGUGUCGCUGGAGAGGAUGGCGGUUUGGGGCGGCGUGAGAGCGUUUGAGGUGGUUUUGAGGAAGAGGGCUAUGGAUUUGGAGUUGGGGAUGGUUUUGCGAGGGGAGGAGGAGGAGGAGGGGGAGGGGAUAGUGGAUGGAGGGGAAAGAGGAGGUGCUGGAGUGAUGCGACGCAAGCAACGACAAACUGCCGUGGCUGCCAGGAGUAAAGGCAAGGCCCCCCAGCGCAAGAAACCUACCAUGCCUCGGGGUUCGGUGCCGUCGUGGUUGCGCGAGCAUCUGGGUCCGAAUAAGUCCUUCGCGGAGGUGCGAACGAUGCUGGAGCUGCUGAAGACGUAUCUCAAAGAAGAAGACAAGCGGCGGCAGAGGAGCCCAAAUGCCACGAAGAGAGCCCAACUGCGGUUUCCGGAUAUUGAGAUCUUGCCGGUUUUCAUGGAAUGGGUUGGAGCUGGUGGGAAGAAUGGAGUUGCAACUGAGCCCUUUUUUUGA